AAGAUAAGACACGUAACACAAUUUUUCUAUUUUAUAAAUGAGGGUGGACGCUAAGUGAGUGAAAUCUUAACCCUGAUUUUUCGCAAGCAAAAAUGGAGCAAGAGUUAGUUCAAAAAUGGGAAGGCAAAGUUUCAACGAAACUCAAAACCAUCACCGAACACCAAGCGUGGCCACUCGUCAAAGACUUCUUCAACCUCCACAAACGUUACCCUGACCUCGCCACGUGUUACGGGAUCCACGGAUCCAACGGUGAGCCUGGAUGUAUACGCUACUGUGCUGGAUUCUCCCUCCCAUCGGACGGCUCUCAAGAAGUGAGCUGGUCGAAGGAGAGAUUGGUAGCCGUUGAUGAUGUUGAACGGUGUCUUACUUAUGAGAUCGUGGAUUGUAAUAUUGGGUUUAAAUCGUAUGAGUCAACGAUGAGGGUUAUCGGUGAUGGUGACGGUGGGUGUGUGAUUGAAUGGUUAUUCGCCGUUGAUCCUGUUGGAGGUUUGGAGUUGGAGGGUUUGGUGGAAAAGUAUCGUGUUGGCCUUCAGGUUAUGGCUCGGAAAAUGGAGGAAGAGAUUGCAACUUCUGUGCAAAGGAAUGGAAUGUAGAUGUAAAAGUUUUAUAACUAUGUUAUUAUUGUUUUCUUUUUAUAUAACUCUGUCGAAAUUAUUAAGUUAUGUUUUAAGUUGUGAAUUGA